CGAGGCAUACAUUCCAACUCGCUCACCCAGUCACUCGCCUGACGAGUGAAUAGACGACAAAUCUGUCUCAAGCCGCCUGUUAAUCAAACCAGUCCUCUCCCGUCGCUGCCGCUGCCGCUGCCGCCGCCGCCGCGCUGGCAAUGAUGACCCUGCUCAAGCAACAGUCAUCCAGAGGCUUCAUCGCCCCGAGGGCCCGUCCCAAGACGCUACUCUUCUUUGCCAUCGCCAUCAUCUCCGUUUACUUCCUCGCGACCCGCGGCGCUCCCGCUGGAUACCACGUCGUCCCUUGGAACCACGAAGGCACCGUCCCCGCCUCCGAUAAGGCUGCCGCGCCCCCAGAGCCGCCCAAGUCGGAGGAAGAAAGGAAACAGGAGGAGGAGAGGCAGAAGCAGGAGAGAGAGAAACACGAACAGGACCUGCGAGACGAGUUUGCGCGCGAGUAUGAGGCCGCCAAGAAGCUACCCGGAAGCGAUGAAAUCUACGGUAACACGCUCAACACCUUGAAGGAUAAGGAGAACAGGACCGCCGAGCAUGCUGCCAACCUCCGAGAGUCUGGCACGCAAGAGGAGGCGUACACGAACCAGCGCCCUGUCUACUUCAACCCCUAUCCCAACUACAACAGCGCCGAGUGGAACAAGACGCAUCGCGCCCCCUACGUGCCAUGCAUCGGUGCCACUGGCGAGACCGUCGAGGAUCUGCUGGUUUUCAAGGGUCACCCCGCCAAGUUUCCCAACCCGGGCUUUGGGGGCUUCGACAUCCUCAACAUGGACGGCAACAUCUGCUACGAACGCGAGACCAGACUUGGCCCCUACGGUCUUCUGCCUCAGCUCAGCAAGGCCGGUCUCCGCAUCGACUGGGACAAUGUCAACUGGGGAGAUCUCCAGGAGAAGUGCAUCGAAAAGAACGCUGCCAGGUUCGACAAGGGCAUGCCCAAUGAAUACAUAAAGACCGCUUAUCCCGAUAUCGCAGAGAAGUAUGGCAACGAGGUCAAAGAGGCUGGAAAGAAAACCGAGAAGCGCGGUCUCGGCAAGCUCGGGAGCGGCUCGAAGGCUGCCAAGGCGACGGGACCCGACGCCCGUACCGCCGUCCUCUUGCGAACCUACACCGGCAAGAAGUACACCGAGAACGACAAGCAGGUCAUUCGCUCCCUUAUUUCCGAGCUUUCCCUCCGAUCCGGCGGUGAAUACCAGGUCUUCCUGUUGCUCCAUGUUCGCGACCAGGCCCUCGACAUCUGGAACGACGAGGCCACCUACCAGUACGUGCUCAACGAGCACGUACCCCUGGAGUUCCACGGCAUCACUAAGCUGUGGAACGACCAGGCUGUGUGGAACGUCUACCCUGCUCUGACGGACGAGAACGAGAAGAGCGUGCACUCUGCUCAGUGGCUGUCGGUGCAGAAGUUCAGCCAGGACCACCCCGAGUUCGACUUCAUCUGGAACUGGGAGAUGGACGCCAGAAUCAUUGGCCACAACUAUGAUUUUUUGCAGCGGCUUGCCGAUUUCGCCAAGAAACAGCCUCGUAGAGGCCUGUGGGAGCGUAACGAGCGCUACUACAUCCCCGAAUUCCACGGUGACUACGACACCGACUUCCGCAAGGACGUCGAGCGGCGCACCCGCGGCAACCAGGUUUGGGGCCCGCCCAAGCUGCCCUUUAUCAACCCCGUCGGCCCCAAGCCUCCUGUUGACAACCCCGAGAAGGACCCGUACAAGUGGGGAGUCGGCGAGGAUGCCGACAUGAUCACCGUCGGUCCGAUUUUCAACCCGAUCAACAGCAGCUGGAUUAUCUCGGACCACAUCUGGGGCUACAGGGACGAGCAGUUCCCCGACCCCGCCAAGACCCUUCCUCGCCGAACCACCAUCGUCACCCAGUCUCGCGUCUCUAAGCGCCUCUUGGACAUCAUGCAUGUUGAGAACCUCCGCGGCAACCACAUCGCGUCAGAAAUGACCCCCCAGACCGUUGCCCUUCUCCACGGAUUCAAGACCGUCUUUGCGCCUCACCCUACCUGGUUCGACCGUCCCUGGAACGGCACCUUCCUGGCCAAGUGGUUCAACCCUGGACCCCGCGGCGAAAGUGGUGGUGAGGGCAGCCCUAUGGGGUGGGGAAGGGAGCGCAGAUAUCAGGGUAUGACCUGGUACUACCGUGCCGAGCCUCCACCAAGACUGUACAACAACUGGAUGGGUUAUGUCGACACUAAGAUUGGAGGCAAGAACUGGGAGAAAGCGCACGGUCGUCCUUGCUUGCCGCCCAUGAUCCUCCACCCCAUCAAGGAGGUGAAGCCGACGGAACCUGGCUUCGCGACCCAGUUUGAACUGUUUUACGGCUAAACGCACUCACGCGGUAUGAUGGUGUAUGAUGUACGAACAGGACUUGCUUCAGACCGGGGGCUCAUGGGCUCGCUUGUGAAAUAUUGGCUGUGCGGGGAACGAAACAUUGGCAGUUGAAGCAGCGGGAUACGAAGCAUUUGA